ACCAUUUUAAACACUGAUACAUGUUUGUGACCAUCUUCAUUGCUCUUGUUUGUGCAGGGAUAAAGAAUGGAGUUGAACAAUAUCACCACCAGUGUGAGAGAAUUUGUCUUGCUUGGCCUGACACAAAGUUGCAAACUGCGGCACUGUCUCUUUGCCAUCUUCUUUCUCAUCUGUAUAAUAACCUGGCUGGGGAACUUCACCAUCAUUGCAACUGUAGUUAUUGACCACCAGCUCCAUAAACCCAUGUACUUCCUGUUGGCCAACUUGGCUUUUCUCGAUGUCAGUGACUCCUUAGUCAACACACCCAAAUUGCUGUCAGGCCUCUUCACUCAGCAUAAUACAAUCUCAUUCAGUGAAUGUUUCCUCCAGAUGUUCUUCUUCCACUUCAUUGCUGGUGCAAUGGCUUUUUUCCUCGUAGGAAUGUCGGUUGAUCGGUAUGUGGCCAUCUACGAGCCACUGCGUUACUUGUCUGUCAUGAACUGGACAACAUGCACCGGAUUGGUGGUAAUGGCGUGGUUUGGAGGAUUUGUUCAUUCGGCUAUUCAAAUUGGUUUCCUUCUCCAUCUACCAUUCUGUGGCCCCAAUGUACUGGACAAUUUCUACUGUGAUGCUCCUCAAGUCAUCAAACUGGCCUGCACUGACACCCACAUGGCUGAACUACAGAUGGUGUUUAAUGGUGGAGUGAUUCUCAUUAUUCUUUUUGUAAUCUUGAUUGUUUCUUACAUUGUCAUCUUACUGAAGUUAAGGACACGCAUCAUGGAAGGAAAAGGGAAAGCCCUGUCUACCUGUGGAACCCAGAUAACGGUUGUGAGUUUAAUAUUCAUCCCCUGCAUUGUCAUCUAUGCUCGGCCUUAUAAGAAAUCCCCUAUAGACAAGGUGAUCUGUGUCAUUUAUACUGUGAUCACCCCAAUGCUAAACCCAAUGAUUUACACACUCAGAAACACUGAGAUGAAAAAGGCCAUCGGGAGAACACUUGGAAAAAUCUUUCUCUCAGGAAGAAUACAGAAACCAGGCCAGCUAGCACAUCCAAAGAGAUCACAUCUGACGUUUCCAUGAGAAAACGGCAUUCACCACUGAGUAACUGACCAUUCCUUCAGUAAGCGAGCCAAUUUCUAGGUGUGAGAUAGGGGCAAUGUUCCCCUCAAAUCAGCUUAGGAAGGUCAGCCUUGUAUUUUUUUUGCUCUCCCCCUUUGAGUGGCCAGAACAGUGUACUUCCUAGGUCCUACUGUACCACUUACAAAGAAUGAACCGUGGCAUGCUCUGGAUACUGGCCACAUGAGAGACCCAAAGUAUGCCCUUGUACUCUCUGUGGAAGUCACAGCUGGACCUUUUCCUCCAUUAUAUACCUCACUUCUCUUCGGACAUCUACUGUAUUGUAAAAUCAAGUGAGAAGGGAAGUAUCAAGCCCAACUGCUGACUCAACAAGGAUCACCCAAAAUUCAAGUCCUAUUUCUGAGAGCAUUGUUCAAACACAUCUUGGACUCCAGAAUUAUUGGUGCAGUGACCACUGCCCUGGGGAGCCUGUUCCAGUGCAUAAUAACCCUCUCUAUGAAGGACCUUUACCUGGUA